CCCAGAGCCACCUUAGAGAAGCAGCCUUCUGCUUACACCCAGACCAUCCUCGAGGAGCUGGUAGACUUGAAAAAUGAACCCCACUGACACAGCAGACACCACUGUGGAUGGAAAUAUGUAUAACAGUUACUACCUCUAUGAAAGCAGUAUGCCCAGGCCUUGUGACAAAAAAGGCGUCAAGGCUUUUGGGCAGCUCUUCCUGCCUCCUCUUUACUCCUUGGUCUUUCUGUUUGGUCUGCUUGGAAAUUCCGUGGUGGUUGUGGUCCUGUUCAAGUACAAGCGGCUCAGGUCCAUGACUGACGUGUACCUGCUCAACCUGGCCAUCUCGGAUCUGCUCUUUGUGCUCUCCCUCCCGUUCUGGGGCUACUAUGCUGCGGACCAGUGGGUCUUUGGGCUCGGUCUGUGCAAGAUGAUUUCCUGGAUAUACCUGGUGGGCUUUUAUGGUGGCAUCUUCUUCAUCAUGCUCAUGAGCAUCGACAGAUAUCUGGCCAUUGUGCACGGGGUGUUUUCAAUGAGGGUGAGGACCUUUACCUACGGGGUCCUCACCAGCUUGGCCACGUGGGCUGUGGCAGUGUUCGCCUCUCUUCCUGGACUUCUCUUCAGCACUUGCUUCACUGAGCAUAACUACACCUACUGCAAAACCAGGUACUCUGCAAACUCCACCACGUGGAAAGUUCUGAGCUCCCUGGAGAUCAACAUUCUAGGACUGGUGAUCCCCUUGGGGAUCAUGCUGUUCUGCUACUCCAUGAUCAUCAAGACCUUGCAGCGUUGUAAAACCAAGAAGAGGAACAGAGCGGUGAAGAUGAUCUUUGCUGUGGUGGUUCUCUUCCUGGGCUUCUGGACGCCCUACAACAUUGUGCUCUUCCUGAACACCCUGGUGGAACUGGAAGUCCUUCAGGGCUGCACCUUGGAGAAGUACCUGGACUUCGCUGUCCAGGCCACAGAAACCCUGGCUUUUGUUCACUGCUGCCUUAAUCCGAUCAUCUACUUUUUUCUGGGGGAGAAGUUUCGUAAGUAUAUUGUACAGCUCUUCAAAACCUGCAGGGGCUCUUUUGCACCCUGCCAAUACUGUGCACUCCUCCAGAUUUACUCUGCUGACACAUCCAGCUCCUCUUACACCCAGUCUACCACGGAUCAUGAGCUCCAUGAUGGCUUGUAGACACAAAAGCGCAAAGCACAGAAUUAAUGACCUUUCUACAUUCAGAGCUUACUUAAAAUUGUGUUUUAGUAAGAGGGCCCUGAGCAGGUAUCCUGAGCAGGGCUGGCAUGCACAGCCGAAGGUGUGCUGCUCGCCUUGCAGUCAGCUUUUCCUCUUCUGAUAGUCGGGGUCAGCCCUGUCAGGAGACACCUGAACUGAGCAGCCUUCCUCACCCCUGGCCUGCCUUCAGGAAGUGCAGAUCUCAAGAAAAUGCUGAGUGGUUUCAAUGAAGACAUGGAAAAUACUGAAAGAGAAAGACCAUUCCCUGUAACCCAAGCCGAAGGGGCUCUCCAGAGGGAAAUGGACCCUGGAAUUUCUAGCUUUUGUGAAACAAUGUGGAAAACUUUGACAUGGCUGUUUUAGUAUUUUUUAAAUAAUAUAUCUAAAGGCAUAUUCUGUGGAGCCAGAUGUAUACCGAAAGCAUUUGUGAAAUCAUGAACCUAUAUUUCAAUCCUUUUCUUAUGAAGGAUUAUUUGUUAAUUGAAGGCAAACUUUCUCUGCUGAUUGCAAGUGUAAGGAUACGAAAAUAUUAGUGUGGUCUCAUUUCUAAAUGUAAAAUAUAAGGCAUCUAAGAUCCAAACACUUGUUGAAACCCAAACAUAAUUGCAUUUUCAUGUGGACAUGUUUUGUUCUAAUUAUAAUAGUUGAAUAUUCAACCCUAAAAAUAAUAUUGGGGGUGUUGGGGAGAUAGUUCCGUGGCUUAAGUAUCUGCCUGGUAAGUACAAGGUCCUGAGUUUGAUGCCUGGUACUGUCCCCGUCCCCCAGUAAUAAUAUACAGGGGGCUAGGAGUAUCGCUCAGCAGCACAGUACUUGCCUAAGUAGUGCGGGGCCCUGGGUUUAGUUCCCAGCAUCACAAAUAAUAAUGGCUUAGAAUGUAUUUAUCUAGGUUUUUUAUUUCUUUAUAAAUAUAGCCUUCAAAAUUAAAAAUAAAGCAUGCUAAUAAAGUAAAAUACCUCCCUAAUCAUUUUGAAGUGCCAUCAGUUAAGGUGAGAAUAAUUUA